UUGGUCUCGAAACCUGAACCGCUCAGCUCAGCUCAGCUCAGCUCAUCGCAUCUACUUCGUCGUCGAGUUUUUUGAUUCCAGCUGCUGCAUUCACCGUUUGCUUUGAUCUUGGUCUUUUGCUGCUGCCAAUUUGUAUUUGCUGCUACGCGGCGGUUCCUGUGUAUCACCACAACACUCCGCUCAACAGCAAUAUCCAUACCAAUACCAACACCAACACCCUCUCAACAUCAACACCCACCCAACAUGUCUCUAUCACCAAAGCAAUCCCCCCAAGACGACACAGACGACAACAUCGCAAACAUCCUCGACAUGCUCGAGACCGAGAACCAGUCCGGCUCGAGCUCGGCCGUGCACGUCUACCCCCCCGCCGACGUCAACGGCGACAGCCCGUCCUCCGGUCUCAUCCAAAACACAGACGUUACCGGGUCUGCUCAGACUGCUGCCUCGCACGCCAUUGGGGAUUAUGAGGUUAAGGAGCAGGAUAAGUGGCUUCCUAUCGCCAACGUCGCCCGGAUAAUGAAAAUGGCACUGCCAGAUAACGCAAAAAUAUCAAAAGAAGCGAAGGAAUGCAUGCAAGAAUGCGUCAGCGAAUUCAUCUCCUUCAUAACCAGCGAAGCAUCCGAAAAAUGCUCAGCAGAAAAACGAAAGACCGUCAACGGCGAAGACAUUUUGUUCGCAAUGACAUCUCUCGGCUUUGAGAAUUACUCAGAGACACUAAAGAUCUAUCUCGCCAAAUAUAGACAGUUUAUCGCUACCCGCGCUGGAUCAAAAUAACUCAAUGCUCAAGUUUGAGUACGCACCUGUAUUUUUAGUGACCCCUUCUUGUCUAAUACCUCUUUUUUUGUCUUAUUCUCUCGUUUUGUGUCUAUCAAAUUGUACUAUUAAUGAACUUAUCUAAUGAUUACUCUUACUAA